GCGCCGAGGUUUUUGCCGUCAAGUUAAACUCCCGGGUGCGGAAGUGGCUCUGUGGCGCCGCCUCUCAUCGCUCAGAAAUCAACCCUAGCUCUACACGGAAAGCCAGGCCUCCGACCGCUAUGGAAGGGCAGCAAGGGCAAGAAAACCCCGCCACCCUAGCACUUGCCCAGGCUCACUUCCAGAAGGGCGAGUACGCGGAGGCCGAGACUCUGUACUCCGCUUACAUUCGCCAGUGCGCCUGUGCGGCCUCCGAGAGCUCGGCGCCCGGGAGCAAAUGCAGCCCUGAGGAUUUGGCUACUGCAUAUAACAACAGGGGGCAAAUCAAGUACUUCAGGGUGGAUUUUUAUGAAGCCAUGGAUGACUACACAUCUGCCAUAGAAGUCCAACCCAAUUUUGAAGUUCCGUAUUACAACAGAGGGUUGAUAUUGUAUAGGCUGGGAUACUUUGAUGAUGCUUUGGAAGAUUUCAAGAAAGUAUUAGACUUAAAUCCUGGAUUUCAAGAUGCUAUUUUGAGCUUAAAACAGACUAUUCUAGACAAAGAAGAAAAACAAAGAAGAAAUUAUUGAAAUUUUUAACUUAAUUGAAAUAUUAACUCAUGGUCCUUAUGCCUGGCAUCUCGCUGUCUCUAAAGCUGGUGUUAAGCUAUUUUGAUUUAUAUUUGAGAUAAAGAGAUUCAUGCACCAGCACUGAAAGUUAAAUGAUGUACUUAAGGUAGUUAAUUUUAGGUUGAGUAACUGUGUUGAGUAGGUAUGCUUUUAUAAUAUGUAAAUAAGUCAAAAGGAUGUAUAAUUGUAUAUUAUUACAGUAAAAUAUUUAAAGAAAUGUG